UUGCUUUAUUAUGACAUAAUCCAAUAGUGACAUCUUCUUUUAGUUUUGUAUAUAAAAGAAGGUGGUGUAGGCUUCCACAUUAAGCAUUGCUUCUUUUCCUUCAAUUCGAUCGAUCACACCCCUCAUUUUACUUUACAUACACACCACCAAUAUAUGGCAGAGAAAACCAUCAUUUCCUCCGGGCUUGGUCACCUUUUCAUGACGGUGUUCGUGUUCAAUUUUGCCAAUUUCAUGGUUGUUCCGGCCAUGACUGACGUAAGCAUGGCGGCACUUUGUCCCGGUGAAGAUGAGUGUUCCUUGGCCAUUUACCUCACAGGAAUUCAACAAGCGAUAACAGGGAUGGGGAGCCUAGUGAUGAUGCCUCUCAUCGGAAAUCUAUCCGACAAUUAUGGGAGGAAGGUCAUGCUCACUGUUCCUAUGUUGCUCACUACUUUACCCUUGGUAAUUUUGGCAUAUAGCAGAGAGAGGAAUUACUUCUUUGCAUACUAUGCACUCAAAACACUCACCUCCAUGGUUUGUGAAGGAAGUGUGCUUUGCCUUGCUCAUGCUUAUGUGGCAGACAAUGUGACACUAACAAGACGGGCAUCCGCAUUUGGAAUCCUUACUGGCAUAUCGUCCUGUUCUUUUGUCUUUGGAAAUCUCUCCACUCGUUUCCUCCCUUCAGAAGCCUCAGUUUUUCAAGUAUCUGCAGCCGUGGCAAUGGUUUCCGUCGUGUACAUGAGGAUUUUUCUGCCAGAAUCCGGCAUGGAAGCUGCAGUGAUAGCCACGUCGUUGAAAGAAGAAACAGUUAAUGAAUGUCUUCUUGAAAAAGGAUGUACCAACAAUCGACGCCCUGUUCGUACAACUCCUUCAUUACAUGAUUCAAUUUUAUUGUUGAGGAGCAGCUGGACAUUUUCACAGGCAGCUAUUGUGGCAUUUUUCAGUAGUCUGGGUGAACUAGGCCUUUAUUCUGCACUAUUGUACUAUUUGAAGGCCGAGUUUCAUUUUGAUAAAGACCAGUAUGCCAACUUGAUGAUCAUCAAUGGUAUCGCAGGGAUCAUAUCUCAAAUGGUUCUUAUGCCACUGUUGGCUAGAGUAAUCAAAGAAGAAAAAAUUCUUGCAAUUGGGCUCAUCUUUAACUGUGUACAUAUUUUCCUGUACAGCAUAGCUUGGUCUUCUUGGGUGGUUUAUUUUGCAGCCAUGUUUCAGAUUCUGGCUGUUUUUGCAGGACCAAGCUUACGUAGCAUUGUAUCCAAACAAGUCGGUCCCACCGAGCAGGGAAAGGCUCAAGGGUGCAUUACAGGCCUGUGUUCAUUUGCUAGCAUUAUUUCUCCACUAAUUUUUAGUCCUCUAACAGCUUUAUUCUUAUCUGACAAUGCUCCGUUUGUCUUUCCUGGUUUUAGUCUUGUGUGUGCUGCAUUUGCCGUGAUGAUUGCUUUCAUCCAAAGUGUCAUGAUUCGGUCUCCUGCACCACCUGUCCCAGAAUCAAAACUCGACGACUCUGUCCCAGUGGAGCCUUAGAAAACUAUUCUAUGUACAAGCAUUUUUUUCUGUCUUGGCUUGGUAUGCAAGUGCAUUUGCUGUUAGAUGGUCCUUUGCUAUGUAUAUGAUAAGGAAAACUUCAAAGAUAUGUUCUUUUUUCACAACAUGAAGUUAGCUAAAAGGUAAUGGACUAAAGUCAUACAUCAGGGGUACUUGUAUAUCAGUGUCUAAGAUGGUAAACGAAUUUUUAUUCUUAGUAUAUAUAAUAGUUAUAGUGUCCAAUAGUAAGGAUAUGGUUGGAAAUUGUAUUAAGUUAAAACUUUUGUUAUACAUAUUAGGUUGGUAUAUGUCAUAGCUUAAAGCCUGAAUGUAACAGAAAUAUAUGUAACACUACAUUCAUGUAAUGUAUUCUGAAUUUGAUAUUUUUCUAUGUU